UCCCUCUGGAUGUGAGAAGAUGCUGCGCUCGUCGGGGUGAAGAUUUGAGAUGCGGCGCUGCCGGCAAACAGAUUGAAGCUGAAUAAAUGAACCAAUAAAUCAAUAAAUGUCGCCAACAGUCAGAAACGGGACAAACGAUCGGAUUCCUUGAGGUGCCACGAUGGACUUGAGCCACGUUUGGAUCCACUUCGGCGGGACUCCUCUCCCGUGACUCCCGCCCGGGUUCCGCUCCGGUCGGUACGGUCGGUCCGGUCCGUCCAGUAUCGCAUGGAUCGGCAGCGAACCGUAAAAAGAACCAUCUUUUACUGAAGUCCCGGAGGAUCCGGCCGCGGUUGUUUGCAAGAUCUUGGUGUUCCGAAGCUACCAUUGAAGACUGAACUCCGUCAGCUGGUUAUGAGAUUCUGUGGUUCUACAGCUGACUGGUGGGUUCCUGCUCAAUCCAGGACUACAGUGGUGUAGUGUGGACCACCAUGACAUAUACUUUGCUUUGACCUUAAUGCUGGGUGAAGCAUCCCAGACUGAAAAUUUUUCUGGAAUGAGAGAAGCGAAGUUUGCGAUCGUGGCUUCUUGCAAUUGCAUCACCUUCAGCAGCCCGAUUUUAUGAGCCGUGUUUUAAAAACACAGACUAAUACUGUUUUCCACCCGAAUCCAAAUGAAAAACAUUUCCGGAUAGAAGAAGACCAAACCCGGAGGCAUUAUUGUUCCAUUUUAUCUUCAAGGCAGAUCAGCAGUCAAGGACUGGACGUGCCUAGUAUGAGGAAAGAGAAUGUUGACAGUUGAGGCAGCAGCAGCAUCCACAACAUUAUUCUUCUUUGCCAUCCCCUGCAGGCAGGACCAGAGAUGUUUGUGGACGUUGUUGUCCAAUGGAGGAUAUGGGCCACGCUCCUCCUCUUGUGGAUGACCAAGUUUCUGGCCGCUGGCUCCUCCUGGCCCUGCCCCCAGCGUUGUGAUUGCUAUAAGGAGGUGCUGGAGGUGAACUGCUCUGGGCGACUCCUCAUGACUGUGCCUGAGGGCUUCCCCAGCAGUGUCCAGCUUCUCAAUUUGAGUCGAAACCGACUGAAGACGCUGAGCCGCCGGCAGUUCUCGGGCCUGGCCCACUUGUGGGAGCUGGACCUGAGUGACAACCUGCUUUCCAUGAUUGAAGUGGAGGCCUUCCAAGGCCUGCAGAACCUACACACCCUAAGAAUUAGGAGAAAUCGCCUCAAGAUCAUCACCGUGGGAGUCUUCUCUGGGCUCUCAAGCUUGCGCAAGCUCGAUAUCAGCGGGAACGAAAUCCUGGUUUUCCUGGACUUCACGUUCCAUGAGCUGAGCAGCCUGCAGUGGCUGGAAGGUGGAGAGAACGACUUGGUUUUCAUCUCACCCCAGGCCUUCGUGGGCCUCCACAGUUUACAGGAACUCAACCUGGACCGCUGUAACCUCACCUCCAUCCCCACAGAGGCACUGUCCCAGCUCCAGGCACUCGUGCGAUUGCGACUCCGUCGUCUCAACAUCAGCGUCUUGCCAAACUACUCUUUCCGGCGGUUGAGCCGCCUGCGCAGCCUCACCAUCUCACACUGCCCCUGGCUGGAUACGCUGGCCAGCAACAGCCUGCUCGGUCUCAAUCUCACGUCACUGACCAUCAGCCACAGUAACCUGACAACUGUUCCCUACACACCCAUCCACCAUUUAGUCUAUCUUCGCUAUCUAGACCUGUCCUACAACCCCAUCACAACCGUACACGCCAACCUGCUGGGUGACCUGCUCCGGCUGCAGGAGUUCCACCUGGUUGGAGGCAGUCUGGUACGAAUUGAGCCAGGGGCCUUCCGAGGACUAACGCACUUACGCCUCCUCAACAUCUCCUCCAACCAGCUGACCACCCUAGAGGAAAGCGUCUUCCACUCGGUGGGCAACCUGGAGACGCUUCGGCUGGACGUAAAUCCACUGGCCUGCGACUGCCGCCUGCUCUGGGUGGUGCGUCGCCGCUUGCGCCUAGAUUUUGAUGGGCGUCAGCCUUCCUGUGCCUCCCCGUACAAAGUGCAGGGCCGGGAGUUCCGGGACUUCACGGAGACAGCAUUGCCCAGCCUGUUCACCUGCCGACCUGCCCGCAUCUUGAACCGAAAACCUCAGGAGGCGCGAGUGGAGGAGGGUCACACAGUUCACUUCUACUGCAAGGCCGACGGGGACCCUUCACCCUCCAUCAGCUGGUUAACCCCGCAGCUGGGGGCCAUUUCCUCCACAGGCAGGAUCCGCAUACUCAGCAAUGGGACGCUGGAGGUGCGUUACGCCCAGGUGCAGGACAGCGGCACCUACCUGUGUGUGGCAUCCAACGCUGCGGGGAAUGACAGCUUCGCCGUCGGCCUGCAUGUGCGUGGCUUCUCCUCCCGCAAUCGUUCCUCACCCUUCUACCCAGGGGGCUGGAUCGUGCCAUCAGCACUGCCUGCUGCCAACAUCUCCGCUCAGGACCCGAAAGCUUUCCCUUUCGAUGCCAAGACCAUGAUCAUUGCCGUGACCAUGGGCUUCCUGUCCUUCCUCAGCUCAGUGGCCAUCUGCUUUGUCUUUAUGUUUUUCUGGAGCCAGAGCAAAGGACAGAUCAAGCACACGGCCACCAUCGACUUCGUGCCUCGCACUUCCAUGGGCACAGGCGGAGGGGGAAGCGACCGUGCAGAAACAGAGCCCGGCGGGUUUCAGUUCGCCAAGCCUGAGCUGUACACCACCGUGAAGCAGCUGGGAGGAGACGGCGUCAUCUACGUGGGGGGGCAGGCAGCGCUGUACCUGCUCAGGUUCACCGAGGACAAGGGGGUCCAACACGCGCAGAUCCCGAUUUUGUCUGACAAGAAGGCGAGGGAAACGUGUCUCUCCAGACUCUUCCAGCCGCAGGAAUGCGACAACUUCAUCACCGUCAUCGAGAAAGUGGACGACCACGUUUUGGUUUGCGGAACAAACGCCGGUGCACCGAGAUGUUGGCUGCUGGUGAACGGAACAGAGUUGACUGACCCCGUGGUCAACGGGCAGGUGAUUUCAGCAUCAGACAUGAGCCCCCCCUUCCCCUCUCAGACGUCGGUCAACCUGGCAGCAGAUGGGGACCUGUACUCUGCUGUCUCAGCCGAAGGGAAUCAUCCCGGUUUCAUUCGCCGCACCUUUGGCCCCCACCGGCUCGCGAAGACCGAAAACAAAUGGUUGCAGAACGCCCAGUUUGCCGGAGCAGCGGUGAUUCCAGAUUCCCGGCAGCAUAAGGAGGAGAUCUACUUCUUCUUCAGCGAGGUCAACAGGACGGCCGGGGUGGACGAGCAGCCGUACAGAGCCCGCGUCGGACGGCUCUGCCUGGUGGAUGAGGGGGGCAUCAAAGGCACCCUGGAGGGAGCCUGGACCACCUUCCUGAAGGCGCGCAUGAUGUGCGGGUUCGAUAAAACACAGAAGCAGUUCAACAGCCUGAAGCAGGCCUUUGUGCUCACCGACCAGGAGAAGAGGGCCGGAGUGGUGUAUGGGCUCUUUGCCAACGCCUGGGAUACCACCGUGGUGUGCGCCUAUUCCGUGGAGGACAUCAACCAGGCCUUCACCACCUCCAGACUCAAGGGGUACCGAGGAUCGCUGCCGGGACAUCGGCCAGGCAUGUGCGUCUUCAAGAACGUGACAUCAUCUCUGGGCGCCAGGGCACUGGCAGUGAUACGGGACCACCCCGAGAUCGAGGACGUGAUCAAGCCUGUGGACUUGGCACCCUUGGACCUGCCCACGCAACGUCGCUUCACCAAGAUCGCUGCUGACAUGGUGCUGGCUGUCAACGAGGAGCACUACAGUGUGGUCUACCUGGGAACAGAAAACGGGCAAGUCCUCAAGGUCCUGCACACUUCCGAGGAGGCCUUCAUCAUCUCGCAGUACUCUCUGUUCCAGUCCGAGGGCCCGAUCACCGCUAUGACCAUUGACUCCCGGAGGGGGUACCUGUACGUGAGCACGCCAGCGGAAGUCCAGCGCAUGCCGUUAGCCGACUGCGGUCGCUACGGAGACAGUUGCCGGGGAUGCGUCCUCUCGCGCGACCCCUACUGCGGGUGGGAUGUUGUCAAGAGGAAGUGCGUGGCUGUUCCCGAGGGAUAUAACAUUAGCACGAGGGUCAUCGUCCAGAGCCUGGACCAGUCGAAUGGCUCCGAGUGCGACAGGUCCACGGGUGGAUUUGCAGACCUGAGAGCACACAGCACCUCCCCAAAAGAGGUGGUGGUGGAGGAAGAAACACCCGUCCUGCUGCCCUGUCCCGUGUACUCCUUCCACGCCAAGUACCACUGGGAAAAGGACAACUGCGCAAAGCACUACCCGUGCUCCAUCAUUGGGCCGUCCUGUGUGCUGCUGCCCACCCCGCUGUUGCCCCUCACAGAGGGCAUCUUCCGCUGCAUGGGUUUGGAGGAUAACCACAAGGUGGAGUUGGUCUCCUACCGCGUGAUCUUCAACGGCGGACCUGCUGCGGCCGCUGUCGGCUACACCCUCGGCGCUUCCCUCUUCCUUGCGGCCUCUACCUUCUGCCUCAUCUAGGCAUCCGUGGCCGCAGCCAGGAUCCACCAAACAUAGGAGAAGAAUGUACACGCCUGGUUUGCAAAGCAUUCAUGUCACCAUGGGGAGCGUUACAACGAGGUUAACAGUUGGGUGCAGUUUAUUUUAUGACCCCCCCGCCCCACUCAAAAUGAAUACACUGUCUUCAGCUUUUUAACCGCACAGUUGAAUGAACCAAAUGAAAAAAAGUAUGUGAAAUGAUAUAAACCAAAAUGGGCAUUUUAAAAAUGCUUUAACUUUUUUCUUUUAAAUGCCAUUAGAUGAAGAUUCUUAUGUUGCGGCUACCUAAGGCGUACGCGUUCCGCUCUGCGUUUUCUUUUCCCCAGCGGAACGAUGAAUUCAAUCAUACACACAAUUAGAUAAAUCUGCAUCCACGAGAAAAGUACUUGGGGAAAUCUGAGCUGUACAGUAGACCUCCAAAGUAUUAGUGAAGCGCUCAUGUUGUGUUCCCUGUAGUCUCACCUUCACCCUCAGUGUUUCAUGGCUUCAGUUAGCAGUGAGAAAAUCCUCAUCAGGCUUCCAGGCUGUUCUGUUUUUUUAAUACCAGUUGCCUUCCGGAACGUACAGUACAAUAUAUACUACAUAUUUAAUACUGGGAGACUGUUGUGAAACGUGAAACCAAUACUGUUUGAAACGCUUACAUACAUGUGAACAACUUUGUCUUGCAAAACCAGGAAGCCUGAACAUUAUGGAAUACACCAGCUACGCACAAACAGAUGCACGGCGCAAAUGCCGGCGCUGUAAUGUGAGCGACUGGGCUCGGGACACAGCAGGGGAAUUGACUGCCAAUUCCCUGUCCAAAAAGAAGUGCUGUGGGAGAAACUGCUCAUGGUGUCCAAGUGGACAUUCAUCAGACGGCAUUGCAAUCGUCUCCUUCAGUUCCUAAUGCUCUCCUUUAGUUCUGGCCGCAUUCAAAUCUAAAGGCAAAAAACACAGGUAAAACACGCAUUUUGAAGUCACUGUGAAAAGCGUGCCGGUCAUCAACACAUUUUAUCAUCUCAGUUGACACUAGACAUUAACAGGUAUUAAUGUGAAACACCUUUUGCAGUUAAAAGGGUGGGCGUGACAAGCUUUGCUCAUUUGACUUUCAGGUCUUACAUUGUUAGAGAAUAAAUUCAACUCGUAGAAGCAAAGAUACUCAUGCUGUUCCCACAUGCAUUAGUGUAGGCCUGAUGACAGAAAGGCUUUUAUGCUCUCGGCAGGAGUAGGUUUCAAUACUUUCAUUUGCUUUUUAAUGUCAACUCUUUACUAACAGCACUACAUUGGUUUGAGCUGAAUGUAUGACAGAUUUUGGCUGCAGUUUUGUUACUACGGUAUACGUAUGUACAGCUGAAUAUAGGAUAGACUCUCAUCUGUAGGUCUGGUACUAUUAUAUAUGUAAAGCUUAGCUUUUUCUUUGUAAUUUAGUGCAGUAGUGUUGUAAUGAUGUUGAAUAUGGUGAUUGGGACGGGUGUUACCGGCGACUUAAUGGACAUGUGUUCCAGCCAUAGAAAUUCAUGAUCACUUUGUAUCUCCGCAGUCAAUCGCUCCACCUUUGACCUUCUGAGUUUCGCCGAUCUAUAUGUGCCUAAAAU